AAAUCACAGAAUCCCAAAAUGACGAGCAUCAUGACUCGCGUGCAAGUCGAGAACCUCCACUCACUUGGGGUGAGGUGGGUUUCAGUGGGCUGUGGUUCCCUGUGGUGGGGUUUCCCCAACCUUUUUGGUGGAGAGGGGAUGGGAUGGCUACAGAAAACUGAGAUCACGGAAUGGAGUUGCUUAGUCGAUGGCUUUUUAUUUUCUGUAGCGUGA